AUGUCUAGUAAUAAUACUCGUUGUGCAGCCUGCAAAUAUUUGAGAAAAAAAUGUCCUUCAGAUUGCAUAUAUUCUCCUUAUUUCCCCUCAAAUGACCCCCAAAGAUUUGAAAACGUCCAUAAAAUCUAUGGUGCAAGCAAUAUUGCCAGAAUGCUCCAGAAGCUUCCGAUGAAGUUGAGGGAAGAAGCAGCUAAUUCACUACACUAUGAAGCUCAUUGCAGAGUUAAUGAUCCUGUUUAUGGUUGUGUUGGAAUCAUUUACCAAUUACAACAAGAAUUAAAUGAGGCAUUUAACCAACUAGUCAAGACCCAAACUGAGAUUGCAUUCUACCUCAAUUUUUAUGGGCUUUCUCAUGAAUCCAUUGAUGAUCCACGUGUCUUUCAAGAAGACUAUUCCUUUGGUUUUGGAAGCUCUUAUACUCGGCCCAAUACUUAUGGGCUCAUGCCAUUUGAUCCUUAA